AUGCUCUGGAAGUCCCGAACCAAGACUGACGGUUUGCAGGACCGCGCAGACGGACUAAGCGGCUCUUCGCCGAGUGGGCGCCUCUCCCAGCUGUCCUCCCUGAACCAGGCCGCCUACUCCUCGGCUCCCCCGCUCUGCCACACUCCGGCCUCAGACUUCCAGCCUCCGUACUUCCCUCCCCCCUAUCCCCAGUCCUCCCUGCCAUACUCCCAGAGCCAGGACUCAGCGUAUUCCCACCUGUCAGACCCCUACCCCUCCAUUAACUCCAUCCAUCAGCAUCAGCAAGCGGCAUGGCACUCGCAGAGGUCGCGCUCCGAGGAGGGGGGACUCCUGUCACAGUCGCACCGGGCUCUGAGCCUCGACCCCCGGCGGGAGUAUCCAGCUGUGCCUCGGCUGCUGCACGGUCUCGGGGAAGGUGCUGCCGCUCUCGGGGACGGUCCUCUCGGGAUGCACCUGGGACACCACGGCCUGGAGGAUCUUCAGGGAAUGGAGGAAGGAUCAGCCUUGGGCAUCCUCGACCACUCUGUCAUUAAAAAAGUUCCUAUCCCGUCCAAGCUGAACGGGUCGUCCCUGUCGGCCUUGUCCAUCGGUAAGGAGGGUCUCGGCAUGGGAGCCGUGUCCAACCCAGCCGAGGUCUUCUGUUCGGUGCCGGGUCGCCUCUCGCUGCUCAGCUCCACCUCCAAGUACAAGGUGACGGUCGGGGAGGUGCAGCGACGCCUCUCCCCGCCUGAGUGCCUCAACGCUUCUCUGCUGGGUGGAGUCCUCCGCAGGGCGAAGUCAAAGAAUGGUGGCCGCUGUCUGAGAGAGCGUCUGGAGAAGAUUGGCCUCAACCUGCCCGCCGGGCGACGCAAGGCAGCCAACGUCACUCUCCUAACAUCUCUAGUGGAGGGUGAGGCCGUCCAUCUGGCUCGGGACUUUGGUUACGUGUGCGAGACGGAGUUUCCAGCCAGAGCCACAGCUGAGUAUCUGUGCAGGCAGAGCGAGCCGGACCAGCUCCCAACACGGCGCAGCAUGCUGCUCGCCACCAAGGAGAUCUGUAAGGAGUUCGUGGACCUGAUGUCUCAGGACCGCUCUCCGCUGGGCGGCAGUCGACCCACCCCCUGCCUGGAGCCCGGCGUCCAGGGAAGCCUCACCCACUUCAGCCUGCUCACCCACGGCUUCGGCACUCCCGCCAUCUGCGCCGCGCUCUCCGCCUUCCAGAGCUACCUGAUGGAGGCGAUCAAAAUGCUGGACAAAGGAGAGGGGGGCGGGAAGAGCCACCACGACAAGGAGAUGAAGCACCGCAAAUAA